UAUAGUGUGCUUAUUAGGUUAACAUUUAAUAUGUUAUUCACACCCACACUCACAAAAUAGGAGCCUUCCUGUUGACCACAAUGACCGCUCCUCUUUUGACAUACAGAACUCUAGGAAGAAAGGCCGGGGUGAUGGACGCUGUUCAAAAACGUGAUUUACAUCAAAUUCCGCACCCAACUAUGUGCAGUAGGAGACACAACCUCAAUGUUUGCAGAGAGGGCAGGAGUUCUUCCUGUCAACCGCGGGCCGAAUCCGCCCUACGAGCGCCGGCCGGGGGCGAACUGCGCGGGGCGCGGCAGUUGAGCCCCUCGGAGCAGAUGCGCGUGGCUCGCGCCUCCGCCGCCUCCCACCGGCCUGCGGCCGCACGCGCAUGCGCGGUUAGCAGUUGUUGCUGGGCGGCCCCAGGCGGGUUUGGUCUGCGGAGACGCGGGGACCAGGUGGCGGCGACGCGGACAUCUGAGCUGCCUUGGCCGAAAACAGGCCCGUAAGACAGAUAAUCAAUAUGCAUUUCCAAGGCUUUUGGCUAUAUUUGGGUCUUUUAGUCAUCUCAGUUAAUGCAGAAUUUAUGGAUGAUGGUGUUGAGAUGGAAGACUUUGAGGAAAAUUCAAAAGAAAUUGAUGCUAAUGAAGGUGAACUCUCCUCAGAGAUUAAAUAUAAGACACCUCAACCUAUAGGAGAAGUAUAUUUUACAGAAACUUUUGAUAGUGGAAGGUUGACUGGGUGGGUUUUAUCAAAAGCAAAGAAAGAUGAUACAGAUGCGGAGAUUUCUAUAUAUGAUGGAAGAUGGGAAAUAGAAGAAUUGAAAGAAAACCGAGUACCUGGUGACAGAGGACUGGUGUUAAAAUCUAGAGCAAAGCAUCAUGCAAUAUCUGCUAUAUUAGCAAAGCCCUUCGAUUUUGCUGAUAAACCUUUGAUAGUUCAAUAUGAAGUAAAUUUUCAAGAUGGUAUUGAUUGUGGAGGUGCAUACAUUAAACUCCUAGCAGACACUGAUGGUUUGAAUCUGGAAAACUUUUAUGAUAAAACAUCCUAUACCAUUAUGUUUGGACCAGAUAAAUGUGGAGAAGAUUAUAAACUUCAUUUUAUCUUCAGACAUAAACAUCCAAAAACUGGAGUUUUUGAAGAGAAACAUGCCAAACCUCCAGAUGUAGAUCUUAAAAAGUUCUUUACAGACAGGAAGACUCAUCUUUAUACCCUUGUGAUGAAUCCAGAUGACACAUUUGAAGUAUUAAUUGAUCAAAUAGUUGUAAACAAAGGAAGCCUACUGGAGGAUGUGGCUCCUCCUAUCAAUCCUCCCAAAGAAAUUGAAGAUCCCAGUGAUAAAAAACCUGAUGACUGGGAUGAAAGAGCAAAAAUCCCUGACCCUUCUGCUGUCAAACCAGAAGACUGGGAUGAAAGUGAGCCUGCCCAAAUAGAAGAUUCAAAUGCUGUUAAACCUGAUGGCUGGCUAGAUGAUGACCCAAAAUUUAUUCCAGAUCCUAAUGCUAAAAAACCUGAUGACUGGAAUGAAGACAUGGAUGGAGAGUGGGAGGCACCUCGUAUUUCUAAUCCAGCUUGUCAGAUUGGGUGUGGUGAGUGGAGACCUCCCAUGAUAGAUAAUCCAAAAUACAAAGGAGUCUGGAGACCUCCCCUAAUAGAUAAUCCUAACUACCAGGGAAUCUGGAGUCCUCGAAAAAUUCCUAAUCCAGAUUAUUUUGAAGAUGAUCAUCCAUUUCUUCUGACUUCUUUCCAUGCUCUUGGAUUAGAACUUUGGUCUAUGACCUCUGAUAUCUACUUUGAUAAUUUCAUUAUCUGUUCAGAAAAGGAAGUAGCAGAUCACUGGGCUGCAGAUGGUUGGGGAGUGAAAAUAAUGAUAGCAAAUGCUAAUGAGCCUGGUAUACUUAAACAACUAAUGGCAGCUGCUGAAGAGCACCCGUGGCUUUGGCUCAUUUAUCUUGUAAUAGCAGGGCUUCCAAUAGCAGUAAUUACUGCAUUUUAUUGGCCAAGGAUAGUAAAGAAAAAAUAUGAAGAUGCAGAAUAUAAAAAAAAUGACAUAUGUAAACCACAAACAAAGGGAGCACUGGAGCAAGAAGUAAAGGAGGAAACACUAGCCCUGGAGAAGCCAAUAGACUUGGAAGAGGACAAAAGGCAAAGCGAUGGGGAAAUUCUUGAAAAGGAAGAGGAAGGUGAAUCUGAGGAGAAGAGUGAAGAAGAAAUAGAUAUCCUAGAAGGACAAGAAGAAGGUAAUAAAUCAAAUAAGUCUGGAUCAGAGGAUGAGAUGAAAGAAGCAGAUGAGAGCACAGGAUCUGGAGAUGGCCCAGUAAAGUCAGUACGCAAGAGAAGAGUACGAAAAGAGUAAACUAUAUUCAAGUAUUUUUAAUUCCUGAGAGAUGUCUGGCAUUCUAAAAUCAGUGUGCCAGAAAUGAACUUGAAUCGAUCUGCACAUCCUGUUUCUGCUGUCUAGAAAUAUUACUCUUUCUGACACUUAUUUUAGUCUUUCUUUUCAGAGAAAAAAAAAACUUUGAAGUUACAAGGUCUUUCAAUUUAGAAUAAAAGAAAAGUGGCAUGUUACAUAUCAGAUUUAAGAAAUGAAUGCCAUUAAAAGUUACACAGUUUUAAUAGUUUGGAGAAAGUUUUGGUUUGUACAGAACAGAAUAAUAUGCAGCAACUUUGCUGCUAUUAGAAAAAAUCAGUUAUUGGAAUUUCCUCUUAAAUGGCUAUACUACUAUUUAACUGGCAGUUCUAUAAUAAAAGAGUGUGUUCUGUUGUACAGAGCUAAAUGCAAUAAAGUUACUGUAUGGUUGGUUGAUUCUAUCAACAAUUGAAAGUGUUGUAUGUGACCCAUAUUUACCUAGUUUCUGCCAAAUUGUAGUUACGGUCCAUUGUUCACUUCAAUUAUAGAUUCCUUUAAAGAGGUCUUUGUUGACAGAUAAGCAAACAAAACAGAAAUGUCUGUGUCAUUCAUAACUAAUAACUGGUUAAUAGUGUAGCAUAUUUUACAUUCAAAUACAUAAUAAUAGGUUCAUCAAAACAAAACAGUGUACAGAAUGUUUUUCAAACUUUUAUGGUGGUUUCAUGCCAGAAUGGCUUACCUACUCACAAGGUUGUUUAUGCAUACAUUGCUCCUGAAAAUAAUUACUUUUUCUCUUUAAAAUUAUAUCCUCUUUAGUAAAUCAUCAUGGGAGGCUUUUAAUUAUUUUCGACCUUAUCAUUGAGAUUCUAAUGGCUAAUUGGUAUCAAUCAUCAUGCUUUGUAUCUGUAUUUUUACAAAUUCAAAUCUAAGUCUUUUACCUCAUCUAGCUUCAAAGCUGCCUCUAAGAUAAAUAACAGCAACUAUUGUUCCUCUUCUUAAAGUUGUUAACCAAAGACACAGAAGUAGAUAUAAUGGAGCUGUGUUGUGCCAUUUAAUAUAUUUUAAGGAUUUUUAUGGUUGGGUAACAGGUUAGAGCCUUUGGCAUGUGAUCUAAAUCUUUUGAGACCACUGAAACUACUUUAAUACUAACUAUGAAGAGAACUUUAUACUAGUUGGGUAUUAUUUUGGAUUCCUUUAUAGACAUCAUACCCCUGUUGGGCACACCCCCACUCAGUUCCCACACAGCCCCUUCCCAACAAUACAUUUAGAUUAUAUGCAUAAGAAAAGGAGUCGCUAGCUUCUUUUACUAAAGGAAGCCAAACACAGCCAGUAAGACUAUCCACUGCUUAUUUCAGAGAGUGAAUUGAAAAUGAAAAUAAAUGCUUAAUUCCAUUGCUGUGUUCUGAACCUUCAUAAAUUGGUGGUGGGAAAACUUAAUACAUAGUUACCCACUGUUUUUAUUUAAUACUAACUGAACUUAACACAUCUUGCAAGGACUCCCUUUCUUGCUUUGUAUUUGGAAUGUUCAAAUGAACUAGAUAUGUUGAAUGAUUCUAGAUGAGGAUGUUCUGAAAGUAACCUACUUCAGGAGAGAAAUUCUUCCUUAAUUUUGUGGAAACCUUGCCUGACAAGUGUCUUGUAUGUGAACCUUUUUUUCUAAUGAUUGAUUAAAACUUCUUUUACUUU